AUGGCAGUGGAAGAGUACAAGAGGCGCUAUAAACGCUUGCCACCGAAAGGCUUUGACGAUUGGUGGAGAUUCGCAAAGGAGAAUAGAGUCGUUCUAAUCGACGAAUUCGAUGCGCUCUUUCGAAAUGUUGAGCCUUAUUUUGCUCUCUCUCCUCGACUAUUCAACAGCCGAGUGGAGCGUCUUUCAAAGGAACUUUCAUUCUCCUUUUCGAUCACGGUCAAGAAUGGAACAUUGACAUUGGGUGGUGAGAGGGCGCGAUACAGUCGAGCACAAGAUAUAAGAGACUUGCUCGAGCCGGUCGCUCAGUGGCUCCCAGAUCUCGAACUUUAUGCCAGCGAUCACGACAAGGGCAACAUAAUUCUUGGCAAAGACCAGUAUGAUAUGGCGUUGGAGCUGGCAAAUGAUGAGUCUUAUUUUACGGAGCCGCAGCUCAAGCACUACGAAGACAGGAACAGAAACUCGCAAAGAAACCUAAGGAGUGCCUGUCAUCCAUUCUCAAAUGCCAUAAUGAACCCCAAACCAGAUGCCAACUCUUCUCAUACAUUCCUGGCUCAUCCUCUGGCGUCCUUUGACUACUGCUCCGACCCUUCCCUGAUCAAACUACACGGUUCUUUCGCUUUUGACCACACCCACGAAUCCCGGCUCGAACCCAUGUGGGUACACUGCAAAUGGGCGCAAGACUUUUCGUUCCUGCUCCCCGCUCUCCCUGGAUUUGAAGAUAUCAUUCGCGACCCUCUGAAUGUGGUCCCUUGGUCUCAGAGACGCGAUACCCGUCUAUUCUGGCGUGCACGAAGCACAGGUGUCGACUUUCACACCGGUUGGAAUUGGAAAGCCGCGCAUCGGAUACGUCUACACUUCCACGCAAAGGACAAAGCAGGGCAAGUCGAACUCCUCCAAGAAGUUAACGACGUCUUCCUCGAGGACCGUCCCUGGAAGAAAGGGUCUCACGAGCACUUCUCAGAGACCAGGUAUCAUGGAAGACUCGUGCUCAAGUCGUACCCGCGGAGCGAGGUUACCUCCAAGUACCUUGAUGUCGGACUCGUGGGCCCAUUGGUGCAGUGCAACGAGCCACCUCCGUUCUGCGAGAAUAUCAGCAAAGAAGUAGAGUUCCUCCAAGUCGUCCCACAGUCUCGUGGCCAGGACGCCAAGUAUGUGAUCGACAUUGACGGCAAUGGGUGGUCGCAACGCUAUGCUAGGUUACUUUCCAGCGGUAGUGUCGUCUUCAAAUCUACCAUAUUCCCCGAGUGGAACACAGAGUGGCUUGUUCCAUUCUAUCACUAUAUUCCCGUCAAAGUGGACUACUCGGACAUUUUCGAUCUUAUGUCAUUCUUUACUGGUUGGCCAGACGGAACGCCUGGACAUGAUGAACUCGCAGAGAAGAUUGCGAUGAAUGCCGUCAACUUUGUGCGGGAUCAUUGGCGAAUUGAAGAUAUGCAGGCCUAUAUGUUCCGAUUCCUUCUCGAGUACGCGAGACUGGCGAGCCCAGACCGAGACGCGGCAUCCUACCGGGACUGA